AUGGGCGACCAGAGGGCCCUCGUGGCGGCCCAGAGCGGGGACCUGCCCGCCCUGAAGCGGCUCUUUGAGGACGGCGUCCUGGACCCCGCCGUCACGGACUCCCUGGGGGCCGGCCUGGUGCACCACGCCUCCCGAGCCGGCCAGCUGGAGUGCCUCAAGUUCCUGGUGGAGAGAGUCGGGGUGCCGGGGAACCAGCGGGCCAACAACGGGGCCACGCCGGUGCACGACGCGGCCGCCACGGGCCACCUGGCCGAGCUGCACUGGCUGGUCCGGGAAGGGGGCUACCGGGCCCAGGAGCAAGACGUGUCAGGGGUGACCCCGCUGCACCUCGCCGCCCGCUUUGGGCACCCCGUGCUGCUGGAGUGGCUGGUCCAGGAGGGCUGCGACGUCUCCCUGGAGACCCUGGAGGGAGCGCUUCCUAUUCACUAUGCUGCCGUCAAGGGGAAUCUCACUUGCCUGAAGCUGCUGGUUGCUGCAGAUAACAGGUGUGUGAACAGACAGACCCAGAGCGGAGCCUCCCCCCUCUACCUGGCCUGCCAGGAAGGCCACUUACACAUCGUCCAGUUCCUGGUCAAGGACUGUGGGGUCGACGUGCACUUGCGGGCCCACGACGGCAUGACGGUGCUGCACGCGGCCGCCCGCAGCGGCCACUAUUCCCUCGUGGUCUGGCUGGUCACAUUCACAGACAUCGGUCUGAUGGCUCGAGAUGAUGAGGGAGCUACGGUGCUCCACUUUGCGGCGAGAGGGGGCCACGCGCCCAUCCUGGAUCGACUUCUUCUGAUGGGGACCCAGAUAAUCCGAGAUCACUGGGGAGGGACCCCUCUCCACAAUGCCGCGGAGAAUGGGCACCUGGAGUGUUGCCAGACCUUGAUUGCUCACCGGGCGGAUCCUGCCCUCCAGGACGGCGACGGCUACACUGCGUUGGACUUGGCGGUGUACAACGGCCACCAUGAGUGCUCGCGGUACCUGCUGGAGGUGCAGAAGCUGGUUGCCACGAUAUACAAUGAGGAGAAAGCCCCCGAGCAAGGGAAGAAGAUGGAACCACUGAAUGACAGCAAGGAUGGCCUCGUCUCCCUUCCAUUGGAGGAACUGAACCCAUCGGACAUCGAUGCUCUGGUGCCCACCGAGGAUGAGAAUGGCCACUCUAUCCCAGAAUGGAAACGACAGGUUAUGGUGCGGAAGCUGCAGGCCCGCCUUUGGUCGGAGGAGAUGACAGAGGGGAAGAACAGCGGCAGCGACCCCCCGGAUUUGGGGGACUGGAGGUACUCUCAGAUCCACAACGCCAUCCUGGGCCCCUACGGGGAGCUGCUGACGGAGGAUGACCUGGUCUACUUGGAGAAGCAGAUCGAGAAGCUGCAGAUGCGGAAGAGGUGCCAGGAGUACGAGUGCGAGCUGGGGCGCCUGGCCGAGGAGCUCCAGAGCCUCCUCCCGGCCCCCAUCGUCAACAUCACGGUCAACAGCCGCUUCCUGAGCCCCGGGCCGGACAAGGGGGCGGCGGCCCCCGGGGGGGCGGCGGCGGACGAGGGCCAGGCGCUGCCAUAUUGGUGCAGCCACAUCUCGGGGCUGGUGAAGAGCAUGGCGGGGCUGCUGAAGGGCGUGAACGGCUUGGCCAGGCCGAAGGAGCCCCCCGCCCCCGGGACCUCGUUCAGGGUGCGGGGGGGCGCCGCGGGCCCCUCGGGGAGCAGCGCCGAGAAGGAGAUCCUGGAGUGCGGCGUGUCGGUGAGAAGCCUCCGGGACAACUUCGAGAAGCAGGCCGAUCCGGGGCCGGCCGACGGCGGCGGAGGCGGGAGGGGCCCGCCGGAGAAUCGCCCGGGGGGCCCCUGGGAGGCCGGGGGGGCCGCUAACGCCCCGGCCGCCGAGAGGCAGGCCUCCGACGACCCGGAAGAGGCCAGCGACUCGGGCAUCAGCUGCGAGGAGGCGUCCUCCGAGGCGGGCACCUGCCCGGGGCCCGCGCCCGAGGCCCUGAGGAAGGAACGGAUCGUCAUGCUCUUUCUGAGUCACUGGAAGAAGGCGGCCUACGCCCCCGCCCUGAAGACGGCGGCCAGGAGGACCCUGGCGUCCUCCGAGGCCGGCCCGCCCGCGCCGCCCCUCCUCCGCGAGCCCGCCAGGUUCGGCCAGCUGCUCCGCCAGAGGAGCGUCAUCUCCCAACUGCUGGGCAACUGGAAGGACGUGAUGGCCCACGUGCCCGCGCGGCGCCCGCGGCGCCCGAGCCGCCCGCCCGUCACCUACUCCCCCGAGAUGUUCGUGCCCCGCGCGGACGGGGAGCCCGUGGACUACCACAGCCUCAGCCUGGACCUCUUCAUGCUGGGCUACUUCCGGCUCCUGGAGCUGGAGCUGCCCCCCGACGAGCGCAAGAUGCGCCACCUGCUCUGCUUCGAGGUCUUCGACCACUUGGGCGCGCACAGCUGGGAGACGGUGCGCAGCUUCCACAAGGCCGUGACGGACGAGGUGCAGGCGGGCCGCCGCAGCUGGAGGGACGGCUUCGAGGACAUCAAAGCGCGCUUCUUCGGCGGCGGCGGCGGGAGGCCCGGCGGGGGGCCGGAGCCCGGCCGCAAGUCGGGGCUGACCCCCGUCCGGCCGCCGCCCGGACCCGGAGCCCGCCCCGAGCCGGGCAGCUUCGGCAGCUUCGGCAGCCAGGAUGUCUGCGGCUACAUCGACAGGAGCUUCGCCUUCUGGAAGGAGAAAGAGGCGGAGAUCUGCAACUUCGGAGACUGAGGCCGCCGGGGCCGCCCCGGGCUUCGCGUGGGUCUGUGCGCGCUCCGGGGUGUUAGAGACGGAGCGGGGGGACCCGCCCGGGCCAGCCCGAACCUUC